GCCCAGAGCAACCGGAGAUACAGAGAGAGAGAGAGAGAGAGGUAGUGAGCUGAGACGGAGAAGGGAGAGCAGAAAUGGUGAAGAUUCCGAGCCCGAGGAGGCUGUUCAGGAGCCGGUCAAAGAGCAUCGCCGGCGCCGGCGUAGUCGGGGCGGACAUAUGCGCGAUGGUCGCCGAGCACGAGAAGAUCGAGUGGGAGGUGCGGCCGGGCGGGAUGCUGGUGCAGAAGAGGCGGGCGCCGGAGGAGGAGGACGGCAGCAUGUCGUCCGGCGCGGACACCAUCCUCGUCAGGGUCUCCACGGGUUGGCAGUGGCACGACGUCUCCAUCGACUCCACCGCGACCUUCGGUGAUCUGAAGGUGAUGCUGUCGCUGGUGACCGGGCUGUGGCCGAGGGAUCAGAGGCUGCUGUACAAGGGGAAGGAGAGAGACGACGGCGAUCACCUGCACAUGGUCGGAGUCCAGGACAAGGACAAGGUGCUGCUCCUGGAAGACCCGGCCGUCAAGGCGAGGAAGCUCCGGUCCACCACCCUGGCGCAGCUCAUGGGAGUGCCCUGCCAUUCCUUCAUCGAAGUCUAGAAAGCCAACAUUUUGAUAUCCUUUUUUUGGUCUGCUUGCACGAGUGACACAGAGAAAAAAAAGAGUCGAUUUUCAUCUCAAUCGUCUAACUGCGUUGUUCAGAGUUACUGCUCCAUUUCUUGAGUUUGAGAGAGUGUGCAUUCAGCCGGUUGAAUCGAAUCGUCUGCACCAAUACGACACAAAAAAGACAUUAUGUAAAUUAAUGUAAUUAGAGAAUGUCAGUGUGUGUUGUGUAUUCUUUGCUGCAAAUUUCUUACUCCACAUGUAUAUUCUCAUCCUGCAAUUUGCAAUACAGAUUAUAUGAUGCACCCCCGUCUUCU